UAAUGCUGUCGUGAAAGUCUUUGCUGUGCAUUGUGUGUUAUGACGAAUAUUUAAAAGGUCAUAUCUAUCUCUAAUUUGUCCAAUUCCACGACGCUUACAACAUACUACGAAAUGCAUCCAUAUGUUAUAACAUUCCCAGUAUAUUGGCGGUAUAAGUUUGGAGCAAAACGCCAUUAGCCUCCCGCUAUGGAAAACGGAGGCAUCCCCGCACUUGUGAAUGGCAUCAAACAAGUCAAAGUGAGACGGAGAGGGUAGGCCUUGUCUUGAGAGAUUUCUGCUCCUCCAGCACAGGGAGCGUGAUGUCAGCGGUGGUUAGUGCUGUUGUAAUUGACUUGGUGGGGGUGAUGGCGUCAUUUUAUGCCCUGGUGUAGCCUCCUGCUCCAAUAUCGAAGGGGAGACGGAUCUUUAGCCGAAGCGACCGUGGCUCCCUUGGCCGGGAUCGAGCACCGCCGAGCCGGACACUUGACGCCGGGAAACAUGGAGGCUGUGGCCGAGGAGCUGCGGGCCGGCUCUCGGGUGCCUGUCACUAUCGAUCAAAUAGUUAACGAUACACUGGUGGUGACGCUGACCUACCGAGAAAGGAGCUAUACGGGGAUACUACUUGAUUGCAACAAAAAGACUGGGCUAUUCUGUCUACCAGAAUUCACAGCAAAACCCGGGGACUUCCCGAUAUCUACACCGGUUUGUCAAGAAGUCCCAGAAGUUCUGAGUGAGGAGCCGGUUUCCAAAUCUCCCAGCCAGGCUUCACACAGACCAAAGGAUGAAAACACUAUCCCAGAAAGCGGCACACCUGCUGCGCCUCUUCCCUGCCUUCUACCCACACCAGUGCCGGCUGGAGAGACUCCUUACCCUCCUUAUUUUGAAGGAGCCCCGUUCCCUCCGCCCUUAUGGGUGCGCCAUAGCUACAGCCAAUGGGUACCUCAGCCCCCACCGCGACCAAUCAAGAGGAAGAAGAGGCGGACGCGAGAGCCCGGCCGCAUGACCAUGAGUACUAUCCGCCUGCGGCCGCGGCAGGUACUGUGUGAAAAGUGCAAGAACACACUGAACAGUGACGAGGAUAGCAAAGAUGGCAUGAGCAACACUUCUAAGACCUCUAGAAAAGAGAAUGCACUACAGAGCGAUGAAGAUGGCGAGGACAAGGAUGCCCCCCUCCAAGCGAGAAAAGAGGACGUAGCCGCAGCCAAGGACGCUAAGAGACGAGAAAAUGGCAACAGCCUUGACAGCAAGCGACUCAGGAAGGACAAAAGGGGGGACGCUGAAGUGGAGAAGUUCUCUGGAGGUGACGUCAUCCCCCACAGUCCUGUCAUAAAGAUCUCUUACAGCACUCCACAGGGGAAGGGGGAGGUCAUGAAGAUCCCCGCGAGAGUCCACGGUUCAGUCAAGCCAUUCUGCCCCAAACAACUGGUGCAGAAUGGAAUGGGAGAAAACGGCAAGACGCCUUCCGAUCCCACCAAGGAGCAACGGCACAUUUUAGAUGCCACAAGGUCCGGCCUCACCGUGUCCAUUCCCAAACUCAAACUAACCAGGCCUUUUACAACCGUGGGUCAGGACUUGCCCUCUCCAAAGAUCCACUUGAGACCCCCUCAGAGGGAGGGUGAGGAGAGCGGGGUCGAGUACGAGGCAGAACUUGUAGGAGGCACCAGGAGACAGAGCCCCAGGGUGCCCGGUCCGUGCCUCCCCCACUCUGAAGACUCAGGGGAAGGUAAAAACUCUCUGGAGUUGUGGUCGGGGAGUUCGGGAGAGGAGGCGGAGCGCGGCCACAGCGACCUCACCCUCCUCAUCAAUUUCCGUAAGCGCAAAGCGGAUUCGUCUAGCCUGUCGGUCUGCAGCAGUGACAGCCUAGACGAGUCCAAGUCCUUCAGCUCUGACGGAACCUCGCCGGAGCUGUGCGACCUGGCCCCAGGCGAAGACCUGUCCGUGACCUCAUCUUCUGUACCGGCACGGGAAGACUGCAAGACGGUGCCGCCGCUUACGGUGCGGCUUCACACCCGCAGCAUGACGAAGUGUGUGACAGAAGAGGGUCACGCCGUGGCGGUAGGCGACAUUGUGUGGGGGAAGAUCCACGGCUUCCCCUGGUGGCCAGCAAGCGUCCUCAGCAUCAGCGGCACCCGUAAGCAGGAGACGGCCAGCUGCGAGGCCCAGUGGCCCCAGGCGAAGGUGGCGUGGUUCGGCUCACCCACCACCUCCCAGCUCUCCGUUGCCAAACUGUCGCCCUUCAGGGAGCUCUUCAGGUCCCGCUUCAACCGCAAGAAGAAAGGGAUGUACCGGAGAGCCAUCCUGGAGGCGGCCAAGGCCGUGGGCCACAUGGGCCCAGAGAUUACGUCGCUGCUAUCCCACGGUGACACGUAGAGGCUGAGGACUGAAGAGAGGUCUCCAAGGUUUCUGUUUUUUUUCCCCCUGAAUUCUCAGACUGUAUCAUCAAGACCCAGGAGGGAGUACGUGCGGUUGCCACGGCUACUAUUUUUUUUUUUUUCUUUUUUUUUUUCACAAUGCUGGUUGAAAAAUGGCCGCCAAGGUGGAGUGUUGUUAAGACUGGAUAAGGGAGCAAAAUAGAAGAAGAAAAAACGGCCAGGCAUCUCAUGGUCUACUAUGAACUGAACUAUUCCUUUUUUUUUUUGUUGUUUUUCUAGAUUUAAUCAUAUUUCAAUAGAGCCGAAUAACGACACUACAAGGACCCAAAAUGUAUUUAUUAUCUGUAACGUUUUAUUAUGAUCCACCCUCGCAAACCCUCCCAGUCUGCUGCUGUCAUCACCCCGGUCCUCGCCGCUGGUGCGAAGACCAGGCCCUCGUCCGGCCAGAGGAAGCAGGUGGCAUCUUCAAAGGACCCCCCCCCCCCUUCUCACACUUGGAUAUGAGCCGUUUCACCGCGGUUUAAAAAGUCUUACCCCCGAAUCCUCUUACUUCUGAGAAUGUGAAUGGCUCCAUCCAGAGACAGUAGUGACUGUUCCAGCUCCCCUUAGCGAUCAGCGUUCCAUCCUCGUAGCCUUCGGCGACAUUAGUUGGAUCUGUGGAUGUAUUUAUACUGAACUCUAUUCCUCUCCACAAUCAUGUUGCGUCUCUCUUCCAUUUUCAUUUUUUGACUUCACAUCCGCAAACUUCCCCUCUCCAUCUCUUCAUUUUUUAUUCCUGGGAACCAU